AUUAAAACUCAAGAGAUGAAGCUCGGAGACACCGUUCCAAAUUUUACAUUCGAAACGGAUCUUCGCAAAAAUCAAACUUUGCACAACUACAUUGGAGAACAAUGGCUGAUGCUGUUCAGUCACCCGGCCGACUUUACGCCCGUCUGCACUACAGAACUCGCCGAGCUCGUCAAAUUGGCUCCCGAAUUCCGCAAACGCCAUGUUCAGAUCCUUGCGAUCAGUAUCGAUUCAUCAGAAACUCAUCGUGAUUGGGCAAAAGACAUUAAUUCGGUGGCACAAUUGAGCAAUUGCGGAAGCCAUUUGCCAUUUGAAAUCAUCGCCGACACGGAUCGAUCGAUUUGUACAGAACUCGGAAUGAUUGAUCCGGAUGAGAUGAAUUCGGAGGGAAUCUGUCUUUCGGCUCGUGCUGUGAUGCUUUUUGGACCUGAUAAGAAGCUCAAAUCGAAGAUUCUCUAUCCGGCUACGUUCGGCAGAAAUUUUGUCGAAAUUCUCCGCAUGGUCGACGGUGUUCAACUCGGCACAAAGGCUCCAGUGGCAACUCCGGCUAACUGGAUUGCCGGUGACAAUGUCAUCGCUCAACCAUCUCUGAGUCAAGAGAGAGUUAUUCAGGAGCUUUGUGGUGGAGAUCCAGACAAAUGCAAGACGGUUCCGUUGCCGAGUGGAAAGAGUUAUCUACGUGUCAUCGAGGGAGACGCUUACUUGCAGAAUUGAUAUUUUAUUUAAAUAUGUGUUACUUUUUGUUGGUUGCCUGGUUUUAAUGUUGAAUUUUUCCAAUUUUAUAAAUCAAUUAUGUUGUU